UGUAACGCUGUGCUAAUAGUAGAAGUACAGUUAUUAGAGUAGUUAUUUGUAUUUUAAGGGAUUUAUUUCAGUACAGUUGUGUGAUGGUAUCAUGACUAGACUAUGUGAGCUGAGUGUCGGGGUUGAGUGCAGGUAUGAAGGGUUUUGGUCGGCUGUGGAUGUGUGGCUACAGAAACCUCAUGUAGUGAAUAAGCGGCUGUGUGGAGCUACUGAGAGUGAAUAUACAGCUGUAGAGAGUGAUGGGCUUGGAGCUGUUCUGUGUGGACUGACUGGUAUUAAUGUUCAGGAUUUACCUCAGAUUUUGUCCUUCCUACACCCUGAGUACCACACUGUUCCAACCUGGAGUGUAGGAGCCAGAACCAUCAUCCCUAAAGUUACCAGCGGUGGAGCUACAGUGUAUAAAGAGAUCAUAGUUAAAGAUUUAAAUGGGCAAACAGUGACAUUUCUUCCAACUGAAGAAGACAGUCAAGGUCUCGUUAUUCUACAAAAAAGUAACAUCUAUCAGAUCCAGCUUCAGGAAAAGUCUGAUGAUUGGGUUCUGUCUCUUCAUGCGUUCACUCCUGAUGAGUGGCACAGUGAUGGUGUGACCUACCCCAACCUGAACUGGCUUUCAUCACAGCUUCUCCCUAAACUGGCAUGCUGGGCCACGCAGAGCAAAGCUCCCGAGUUCAAGAGUACUCUGUCUCUUAUUUCAGUUGAGAAGUACAGCAUACUCUACCAGCAGCUGAAAAACAAAUACAAAGAAAUGGUCAAGGUAUGGCCUGAAGUUACUGAUCCUGAGAAAUUUGUGUUUGAAGAUGUUGCCAUUGCUACAUAUCUCCUGGUUUUGUGGAGUGAAGAGCGUGCUGAAAAUGCAACAACAUCCAAACAGUCUUUCGUGGACCUGGGCUGUGGAAACGGAUUGCUAGUACACAUUUUAAACAAUGAGGGACACCCUGGAAAAGGCAUUGAUGUGCGCAAGAGGAAGAUCUGGGAUAUGUAUGGGCCCAGUACACACUUAGAGGAAAAGGCAAUCACGCCCAGCGCUGCUUUCCUCUUCCCUGAGACGGACUGGCUGAUUGGAAACCACUCGGAUGAGCUCACACCAUGGAUCCCCGUUAUAGCAGCCAGAUCGUCCUACUCCUGCCGCUAUUUUGUUCUCCCCUGUUGCUUCUUUGACUUCUGUGAAAAGUACCAGCGCAGGCAGUGUAAGAAGUCUCAGUACAGAGAGUACAUAGACUUCAUUAGUGAGGUCAGUGAAGCAUGUGGCUUUAAAACCGAUGAAGACUGUCUGAGGAUCCCCUCCACCAAACGAGUCUGCCUCAUUGGAAAGAGUAGGAGUUAUGAGCGAUCAGAAGAAGAGCUGGCUGAGGUGAGAAGAGCAGACUACAUCAGGAACCGACAGGCCUCAUACACCAACUCCACUUAUGUCACUCAGGAAGAACACAGUGAAUUUCAUCAGCAAAGAGAUGAACAAAUUACCAAUGCAGAUCAUGACUGGGGAAGGGGCUUCCAGCCAAGGGAGAAGAUUGAGACAGUAAGAAACUGUGCAGCUCUACCUAGGGACUUUGUAGAUAGUGUGGUCCUAAAGGUGGCAAGUGCAUUGCUGGGACUCUCUGUGGAGACGAGAAAGGAGGAGGAGGAGGAGGACAAGUCAGAUGGAACUAAGUGGAACACUGGAGGCUCACUUUCAGUACGUGAGGUAGCUGAGAUGCUGGAACAUUCCACCUUGCAAACAUUGAAGAAAGAGUGUGGAGGUCUUCAGACCCUUCUCAAAAACAACCACCAGGUGUUUAGAGUGGAGGCUGGAAAGGUUCACAUUCGCGAUUGGCGCACUCAGGGCACCCAGACGAAUUCAAAACGGAAAUCCCAGAUCUCAGGAGCGCUAAAGACUAGACUUUGUUGGUUCCACACUCAUCACCCAAACGGAUGCCCACUGUCCACUGAGGACUGUGUUUUUGCUCACGGUGCCGGAGACCUUCGGCCCUCCACACGUCCCUUAAAAAAGCUCAGGAGCUGACCAUGACAGAUGCAGAAAUAUUGCAUUUGUAAGUAUUUUGAGGACAUACUUGAAUUAAAAUUCUGUGUGGACUCCAGCUACAGUUUUGUUAGCUGUCUAUUUUGAAUUAUGAGCUAUUUUAGGCUUCACUGUGUAAGUAAUCAAUAUCAGGUUGCCAGUUACUUAUUUGCUUUGUUUGUCUGGUACAUAGAUCAUGACGAAUACAGUACAAUAAACACCUGGUCACUAAA